AUGGGGACGAACGAACCACGAAAAAAUGCUGCCGUAAUUGGCACGGGCAUGGCUGGAUUAGUGGUCGCAUACAUGCUCAGGAAUGAUCUUCAAGGGAGAUUCAACGUGGAAGUAUUUGAAAAGCAAGACAAACUUUCUCUCGAUUCCGCAUCAUACACCCUUACAGACCAAAGUGGCGGAGAUGCAAAGCCCGAACGCCUCGAUCUUCCUAUGCGUUCAUUCGCCGAUGGAUACUACGAAAGUCUGAAGCGAAUGUACGAUUAUUUCAGCAUCCCAUAUGGCUCGCUCCGGUUUAUUUACUCUCUGUCGAUCUUACCGGACAACGCCACCAAACAAACCUCCCCAUACUACAUGCAUUCCUCCAAUAACCACCAAUUACCUCCCCUGCGCCCGGAAAGCUUAUCAUGGACCGGGUGGCUGAUCGAGGUGUGCUACCUGGCAAUAUGCUAUUAUUGGUUCAAGGUCUGCUGCUUCUUUGUAGCGCCCAAAACGCUAGAGUCAUGUGGCACGGAGGAAUCGCUACGCGAAUACGUGGAGAGGAUUAUGUUGCCUAGUUACUACGUGAAGCACUACUUCGUGCCGGUCUUUGCGAGCGUUGCGACUUGCUCACACGACGCGCUGAUGGAUUCUCCGGCUCUGGACCUAGUCAAUUACGGGAGACGAACAUUCCGUAAGAACCAUUACACUGUUCUUGAUGGAGUCCAGCAUGUCGAGAAAAAGCUCUCCGAAGGCUUGACGUAUAAACUUGGCACGAAGGUCACAGCGGUCGAGAACAUCGGCACAAAAGUUCAAGUGAGCUGGACAGAUACCCGUGAUGGCCAGAGUAGCUCACGACUAUUUGACCAUGUCGUUCUCGCUGUGACACCUGACGUUGUUGGCGCAAUUUUCCAACCUCUUCAAAGCGCAAUGAAGUCCAUUCCCACAACGACCGUUCAAUCUGUUGUGCACCGCGACUUUUCCCGGAUUCUGGAUUCUAGCAAAUCCCUCUGGGCGCAAGUGUCCUUGGGUCCUGGCCAAUCAGCACCUCACCCACUUCAUAUGUGCUCAAACGAUACGGCGACAGAGACGGUCCACGAACAUCCGUCAUCUGCUCUUAUUACGACUUAUCCUAUUGCCCCGAUUGACCCUGAGAAAGUCUUGCACACUGCUAGUUUCACCCGUGUUUUGCGAUCGACCACCAGCAGACAAGUUGUCAACCAGAUUUUCAGCCAGAAGAGGUCUGGGGAUGAGAAGAGCCAGCUCUGGCGCAAUGGAGAUGGAAAUGUCUGGCUCGUUGGUGGCUGGUGCUGGGACGGGAUGGUACUGCUUGAGGGGUGUCUUUCUUCCGCGACGAGGGUGGCAAACGCUCUUGAUGUGGAGGUGCCUUGGAUGAAAGAGGCUUCUUUAUAA